UGAAACCAUCAAAGGCAAUCGAAACUUCAUGGAUAUAAAACAAAAAACAAACAAUCAUGUUUAAAGGUUUUAUGACAAUUACAUAACUUAGUUAAGAAUACAUAUUAUUAGUAAAACAUCCAGAAAGUUAACGACGCUAUGGCGAAAAGAUUAAAAAAUCAGAAAGGAAAUGUAGAUAUGGACAAAGUAAAAAGCCCAAUUAAGUCUAGUGUUUUAAACACACAUGCUUCUCUAGUUUUCGCUGUAUCCCAAGAAAAACGAGUAUAUGAGUGCCUGUUGAAACUUGCUAUUGAAAGGAUAAAUGCAAAUACAGCACUCAUGCAGUGGGCAAAUAUGGAGAAAAAUACAGCAUUAGGUGAUGCUGUAAGUAGCAUAUACGAAAUAAACGUCAUGUGGUCAGCAAUACAAAAAGAGUUCGCUCAAGAGUCAAAAUUGUUGGGACGUUGUCUAAAUGAGAUUCUCCAAAAUGAAAUAGAAUUAGAUGCAAUACGAAUACAAAUUAAAGAAAAUACAGAAAAGAAAGAAAAACUGACAAAACUAAUAAGUGAUACACAAAAUUCAAAAUGCAGUUCAAAGUCAAGAUCAGAAAGUUUGAAGGCUAUCGAGGACGAUGUCAUCAGAAUUGAAAAUGAAAUUUAUGAAGCAAAUUUAGUAUUAGAAGUGAAAACUUUGAAAGCUGAGAUUAAUAAGAAUGACAUGUUGAAAAAAUCUCUUCUUUCUGUAAUGGAAUCACACUUAAAGUUAGCUCGCGAUUCACAAUCCAUUUUCUUAACAGCAAUCAAAAUCAUUGAAAAGAUUCCCGAUUUCCCUAUUCACCUCCAUCAUCAAGAAAAAAUAAAAGAACAACAAGCAGGUCUCUACAAUUCAGAAGAGAUUCAAAAGCUAGCAAAAGAAAUCAAUCUUGAUUAUUGCUCAGCAUCUUUGUGUCAUAUAAUUGACCAACAAGCUUUCAAUAAGCAGAAGAAAAAACCAAUCAAAUCUAGCGAAAACCUUUUAAAAUAUUCUUCACCAAAAGAAUUUAAAUAUACUAGGAAUAAAAUCAGAUCUCAAACAGCAACCGAACCCUUGUCAACUGAUCAUAAUUAUUUAUCUCCAAAAUCAUUAAAUGGAAAAGAACCUGAAUCUGAUUAUGUCAAACCAAACUGUUUGUUGUUAGCUCGAUCAUCAACAUACCCCGGAGAACGCAAGGCCGGGGUACCAAAAAUAAGUACCGAUAGUGAUGACGAAAACGAGCCUUCAAGUUAUUAUCUAUUUGAUUCUGAUAAUGAGCCCAUAUACGAUAAGCCAUUAGAGACGGAAACUGAUACACUUAAAAAUGUUAAUAACUUAAAUAAUAAUGUAGAUAGAGAUAAACAAAUAAAAAGUUCGAACCAUUAUCAACUUAGGGACAAUAAAGGUUGCAAAAAAUUUUUAUCUAAAGAGAGUGGUUCUAGUGAUGAAUAUUCCUAUGAUUCUCCUGAAGUUGAUAGUUCAUCUGAUUUUUCUGAAAACAGUUCUAUAGUUCAUUAUUCGCUUUUGAGGAAAAGAGCAGUUAGUAGUAAAAAACAUCGUGAAACUAGUUCAUUAUCUCUUACCAAAGAAGAUUCUAUAGAAAAAUGUGACUCUUCUGUUUGUCAACCUGGAGAUGAUGAUCCACCAGAGAUUCCAACAAGGAUGCCCAUUAAUACUAAUUAUAAGUUUGGUAUUACAUAAAUUAAUGACAAAAUUACUAAAUCCAAUAACACUUGUAAUACAAAAACAGAUGUUAUUGUGAAUAAAUCCUCUGCAGCUUUAAAAAAAGUACCGUUUCGUCUACCAGUUCGAACAAGGAGGUUAAGUGACGACAUAUAGAUAUAUAAUAAACUCGAUCAAGCGACAGCAUAUUAUGCAUACAUGUUAGAUUUGAUCAAGCGAUGACAUAUAGAUAUAUAAUAGAUUUGAUCAAGCUACAAAAUAUAGAUAUAUAUGAUAGAUUCUAUCAAGCGACAACAUAUAGAUAUAAGAUUAAGAAGAAUUUUGAGUAAGCACUUUAUUUUUAUUCUCUUUUGCACAAUGUUUCACCAUCGGUGAAAAUUGAUUAUGUAUUUUUUUUUUCUUUAAGUUGUACGUUUAUGAGUUAAAUUCUGAGAUAUUUAUUUUAAAUUUAAUUGAUUUUAAAUUUAAUUGUUAUUUUAUUUAUAAAGUAUAUA